AUGUCUUACCCUGCUCCCCUGUUAUCGUUCUCAGAAACAAAGCUGCUUUUGCACGGGCUUUGGGCUGCAAAGCCCACCUUCACCGAGAAGGACUAUCCAACUUUCGAUGGAAAGGUGGUGAUCAUCACUGGUGGAAAUACCGGAGUAGGCUACGAGACUGCCAAGUCCUUAGCCGGCUCUACGAACGCUAAGGUGUACAUCUUCUCCAGAAAUGAAGAAAAAACGUUUGCUGCUAUCAAUAGGCUACAGGCUGAGGUCGAAAAGGAAUACGGCAAGUCCGAGGCUGAUGUGCACUUCAUUCAAGCAGAUUUGAGUGACUUGUCUACCAUCAAACCAGCCGUGGAGAAGUUCCUCUCUCUUGAGGACAGAUUGGAUAUUAUUAUCCACAAUGCCGGUGUUAUGCUGAGUAUUUUGGGCCAAACCACUGCUCAGAACCACGAGCUUCACUGGGGGACAAACGCACUUGGACCACACCUUCUCCAGAAAUUGUUAGACCCCAUCUUGAUCAAAACCUCGAAGACCAACAAGAAGGGUGAAUCUAGAAUCGUCUGGGUGUCGUCGUCAGCCCAAUUUUGGGCCCCAAAAGGAGGGGUCAAUUGGGACGAUAUUGAUAACAAAGAUUGCACCAAUUCCCAGUAUAUCUACGGUCAAAGUAAAGCUAUGACUAUCAUGCAAUCGAUUACCUGGCCUAAAAAGCAUCCCGAGGCUACCAAUGUUAUCAGCUCGUCUCUUUGUCCGGGACUGCUAAAAUCGGAGUUGCAAAGAGAUUCCAGUUUCGCCGUCAAGCUAAUGUCACAUUUCUUUUCCCAUCAAAGAUAUGGUGCUUACACCGAAUUAUAUGCGGCAUUCUCUUCGGAGAUUACAAACGGGGCCCAUUCUGUGGCUUUUGGCGUUCCUGGGAUGAUUAGAGAAGAUAUCAAAACAGACACAGCCAAUCAUGAAAGGGUUUGGGACUUACUAGAGCAGCACGUCCAGGACUUCAUUUAG